UUGGCAGCUUGAAAACUAAUAAGAGAAGACAUCAAAUUUGUGUUGUUUACGGAAGCUGUCUCAAUUGGGUAUGAGAUAAGAUGGUUCGCUGCAGUGAGCAAGAAACUUACCUUUAUGACCCAAACAUUUUGCUGAAACUAAACUUCCAUCAAAGUCCGGCCAAAUUCGAACCAUUCAUAUCAGCCGCAUAUCCAGGUGAAAAUUGGCUUAAGGUACGACCACUUAAAGAUGGUGACUACGACCGGGGAUUUCUGCAACUGCUUUCACAACUAACCGAAGUGGGUCAUGUAACACGGACACAAUUUUUAACAAGGUUCUCUCAGAUGAAAGCCAGUGGCGAUUACUAUGUCACAGUAAUUGAGGAUACUCGAAGAAAUGAAAUAAUCGGGGCUGCUUCCUUAAUCGUCGAACGAAAAUUCAUACACAAUUGUGCAAUUCGUGGACGUUUGGAGGACGUUGUUGUAAAUGACAAUUACCGCGGCAAGCAAUUGGGUAAACUUAUUGUGGUAACUGUCAGUCUAUUGGCUCAACACAUCGGCUGUUACAAAAUGUCGCUAGAUUGCAAGGAUAAGCUAAUUAAAUUCUACGAGUCUCUUGGCUAUGCUCUUAUUCCCGGAAAUGCUAAUUCCAUGACAAUACGAUACGAUGAGGAACCGUUUACAGUGCGACAUAACAACACUAUGUUAGAUGUUAGCGAUGCUAACACCGUCAGCCAAACUGUAGUGGUUAUAUUACCAUUUAAAAGUACAUUUAUAAAAUAGGUAGUGUAACCAGUGGAUGGGCAAGGAGCUUCACUUAGUGAUUUUUGAAAUGUUCGCAUAUACAUAUACAUAUGUACAUAUACGAGUACGAAAAUAUAAUUUAAAAUUCGGUA